GGUUCGGCGCUUGCGCUUUUGGCCUUAUGGCGACAGGCUGUCAGUUGGUUGCCAAGGAAGGCCUACACAUUCGGGCUGUCGAAUUGGAGGGAAAGCCACUGAUUAUGAGCCAAGAUAGUAAGCCAUUUAACCCUGAGGAGGUUAGGGUAAUUAUGACAUCAUUGCAACAGCCUGCAGUAUUCCUCAAUAUGGUUUCUGACUGGCCAGCACUGAAGUGGACCGUGGAGCAUCUUUCAUGUCUCCUGAAUGGAAAACCAUUUAAGUUCAGGAUUGGAGAAAGGAAAAUGACUAAAGUUCCUCAGUUUGAAACAAACUGUGAGUACAUACAGGCUACGCUGCAGGAGUUCUUAGCCUGGCUACACGAUGAAUCCAAGGACUUGGUUGGACCCUUUGCUGCUUUCCCUCGUUCUCUGUAUUGGGCCUAUGCUGACUAUAAGUAUAUCGCCAUGACCUUUGAAGAAAAGGCUGAGGUCUUCCAGGACGUAAUUUGGUCUGACUUUGGGUACCCAGGGAGGGAUGGACGGGACAGCACGCUAUGGAUCGGUACUGAAGCGGCAAACACUCCCUGUCACCUUGAUUCCUAUGGAUGCAAUCUGGUGUUGCAAGUGCAAGGAAGAAAGAGAUGGCAUCUUUUCCCCCCAGAAGACACAGCCUUCUUGUAUCCCACUCGUAUUCCUUAUGAAGAGUCUAGUGUAUUUAGCAGUGUGAACGUGGUCAACCCUGAUUUUGCACGGUUCCCUCGAUUUCGUGGAGCUAGACCUCAUCUUGUGACAUUGCAUCCAGGAGAGGUUCUGUUUGUUCCCAGACAUUGGUGGCACUAUGUGGAAUCCUUGGAUCCUGUUACUGUCAGCAUUAACUCCUGGAUUGAACUGGAUGACGACGAUGAAGCCAGAGUUGGGGAAGCAUUGGCUCGCACUGUGGUGUGUGCUCUCAAGACAGCAGACCCUCGUGCUCAUAUUGCCAGCUGGCUGAACACCACGGAGGUUGAAGUCACUUCACACGAGACAAACUUGCACUAUGUCAAUCUUGCAGUUCAGGCCUGUUUAAAUAAGCGAAAGAUUUGCUCCUCAGAAGGCAGCAACCUAUCAGCAUGGAGUUCAUCUGCCUUUAAGAGAAGGAAACGUAAUUCAGGUGAUGGGGCAGAACACUCUGCAGGUGCAGACCCUAAACACGCCCUGAUCACCAGCAUCCCUUUCGGGCCUAAUCUACUUCCGGUUGUCCGAGACACAGAAGCAACAGCCCAGCAGGGAGUGCCCAGUGAAUCGAGGGAGACGAACAUUGCUCUGAGCAACAACCUAGAAGCCAACGUUUGUAUUGGAAAAGCGGAUAGUAAUUCCAAACAUGCUGGAGUUCACAGCACAAUGAUAUCCACUGACAAGUUGUUGAACUGUUUGGUUCACCCUGAUGUGAUCAGCUUAAUGACUGAAAUUCUGCUGGACGAUCAUUUCUCUCAUUAGUCAGACAAGCUCUUCAGUGUCCAUUGAUUUUAUUUUUUA